AUGUUUCGUUGUGUGUUCUUGGGAAUUUUGUUUGCGGCAUUGGGUGGUGCUUCUGCGCACUCAUACCACCUAGGAGCAUGCCCUGUGGUGGAACCGAUGCCGGGCUUUGAAAUGAAUAAGCUGUUAGGUGUAUGGUAUGUGAUACAGAAGACGUCGACCGCCUCACACUGCAUCACGUACAACUUUACCAAGACGCAGGAGCCGGGAAAAUACGAACUGGAGCAGGUUUCCCAGCACUUCAUCCUGGGCUUGACACCUCUGAAACACGACUAUAGAUACACUGGCAUCUUGACUGUGCCCGAUCCAGCUGUACCUGCUAGGAUGAAAAUUCGCUUCCCGCUAAGUGUCGCCGGCUCCGCGAGCUAUACAGUGAUAGCGACUGAUUACAACACAUACGCGGCCAUAUUCACGUGUCAGAAACUCGCGUUCGCGCACCGCCGCUCCGCUACCAUCCUCUCCCGGAGCAAAGAGCUCGACAGGAUGUUCGUUGACAAGAUGCGCACGAAGCUGUCCUCCUUCGGAGUGGACCCCUACGACUUGUCAAUCAUCUCCCAGAGCGGCUGUCCCCAACACGCUAACGGCACCGGCGUAAACAUCAACAUCGACCCGGACACCUUCUCCUCGCACAACAUUGGGGAAGCUGUAAGGAAGACUGGCGGUGCUAUCGCCGAUGGAGUGGAGUAUGUGGUAGAAGCCGGCAAGAAGGUGUACCACAAAGUGGCGAGCAGUAAGGAGGACCUCACCGAGACACCGGCGCGCGGAUACGAACGCAACCUGGAUGCCGACGCCGAAUGGCUGCCUUGA